AUACAUUUUGAGACCUUGUUUUUUGUCGGUCAACAGAGAAAGACAGAGAGAAACUUAUCAAGAAAGAACAAGAAAAGGAGAGAGAAGAGAGAGAAUAGGAAAUACAUAGAAGGUAUGGUAACAAGGGCGUCUUCGUGUGAGAAAGAAACAACUUCAUUAUUGAACGUAUGAACACUAGCUCUCUUUCUCUGAGUCAUACAGUCUUAACGUGACCUAUUUACAACAGGCAGAGUGAAAGAGAAAAAUGAAGAUAGCGGUAUGGAUCAAGUGAGUGAGUGUCACAGUGAGAGAGAGAGAGAGAGAGAGAGAGUUGUGCAUUGAUGUGUGGUUGAUUUGAACAGAUAUAAUGGCCCUGUAUCUAAAGGCCAGUUUCUGUGUGUGAGAUUUGUUUGCCACUAAGUUUUAACGACUGUGUUUUCUCAUCUGCGAAGGUUGUGGUUUUUGUAUUUAAGAGAGUUCCUGCUUCUCUAGAGAUCCGUCUAUCCCAGCGCAGAACACACCCAGAGAGACCAGAGACUACCCUAUGGCUGAGAGAACACCCCUCCAACCUCCAACCCCCCAUCCUUACCAGGACCCAUACUUCCAGCAUCACACCCACCUCUCCCAACACCUCCACCCCAGCAUCGGGAGCCCCGGUCUGGGCCUCACACCUUGCCACCACCCCCUGGAGCUCCAGACUCCCCUGGAGCAAUAUAGAGGAACUGGAAUAGAGGCAGCACCCAGGACCACUCUCCCCGAUUCAAGCCCCUACUCUGGGGGGAGCAGGGACAGCUACAGGGGUGGGGGUGGUGGAAGAGGAGGUUAUGUAGACAUUCAUGGACAUAGCAUAGGUGAUAACAGUAGUGACUUUGAUGGUAGAGGUGGUUGUUUUGGAGCGCAGAAAGCUAGCUACUUUAAUAGGGGGGUCGCAGAUGAUGGUGUAGGUCAAGGGGAUGAUUUCGGCCUCCAUUUUGAAAGUCAGAGCCUUGGCUAUGCUAGCCAGAGGGAUGAGGGCUGCGAUGGGGAUGAUGUCUUUCACAGAACGGAUGAGGGCUGUAACAGGGAUGACGUCUUUCACAGAACGGAUGAGGGCUGUAACAGGGAUGACGUCUUUCACAGAACGGAUGAAGUCUGUAGUAACAGGGACGAUGUGUUCUACAGUAGAGAGUAUGUGUGUGAGGAGAGGGGAGAUGGUAAUAGUGAUUAUAGAGACACCACUACCGGUAGCCAUGAUGGUGGAAUUAAUAGAACUGGUCAUCUCUAUAAUGGUAGUGAUAGCUUUGGCAAUAGGGUUGAUGAUACAGGAAAGAGGGUUAGUUUGAGAAGGGUUGAUGACACAGAAGGAGACUGUGAUGAUUUUGGGAAUAAAAUAUCCAACCUGGAUCCUCCAGAGGCCCAGUUGAAGCCUGGGCUUUGGGUGAGUCCCUCUCCCCCAGAUCGGGGUUCUGUGGCUUGGGAAGGCAGGGAGAGGGUUGGGGGCUACCCCCAGGACAAGGCCUCUCUGUACUCCUACUCCCAGGCAGCAGGUGGUGCUAGUGGUGGUGGUGUUGGGGUGUACCAGCAGAAACUGGACUCCUUCUCAGAGGCAUUCUUCUUCAGACGCAACAUCUCCGGCAGCAGAAUUCCAAAUGGGAAUUCUGGAAGUGGGGUUUUAGGAUUCGGAGUGGGAGUGGGAGGAGGAGGAGGAGUGGGAGGAGGAAGAAUGGGACGGAUCAAAGCGAGUGCUUACGAUUCGCACACAGACUCUUCCCCUCCUCCUCCUCACCUUUUCCCCCUGCUCCUUAGUCCUCCUCCCACACCCCUCCCCCUUCCCAAACUCACCUCACCCCACUCUCUCGGGACAGUUGAACUCACCCAGACCACAGGGGGGGAUUGUAGCGGAACAGUCCAGUUUUACCCCUCCUCUCACCAGCCACUCCACUCCUCCCACCCCUCCGCCGUCAUGUGGAAGCUCCCGCCCUCUCAUUGGCUGCAGCAGUCAGGUGAAGUUGGUGUCGUCGAGGGCAACCCCUCAAGCGCCGGCCGUGUAUACUGCCAGGAGGCAGUGUUUACCCGGAGACAGGUUCACCAGGACUAUGAGAAUAAUACAGGUCACUAUAGUCUUCAAACUCCGGUAGAAUCAAACUUUGUCUUUGCCUCACCCCUUCAUCCAUCCCUCCACCCAUCCUCUCUUCCAUCCCAGCCCCCGCGUGGACUGCCAGAGCAUGGAGCAGCACCCCUAGUGGUGUAUAGAGGUACUCCCUUCCCCAGUCUGCUCCAGUCUAGUAGAGGUGGAUGGCAGAGGGAGGUGGAGCGGUUUGGGAGAAGGCUCCACUACACCCCUCUACCUAUGCUGAACCCCCAACGCAGGGGAACGGGGCUCCUCUCCUCCCUCAUCCCCCCUUCAGCUGGGGAACGAGCGAUGGGAAGGAUGACAGAAGAGAAGAAGGGAUAUUCUAUACUUCCGUGUAUCAAUGUGGGUCCAGGGUUCCAGGCUGAGCUGCCAUGUUGUCUAGAGAGGGAGGAGGGGUCAGGGGCGUGGUCAGAAGAAUCAUCAUCCAACAAGGAGUUGCUCUGGAAACCAUGGGAGGAGCUUCAGAAGAGUUCUGUAAUUCAGGAAGAAGUGGAGGCGUUGUUGUCUGUGUGUAGUUCUAGCUGUCUACCAGGAGGGGGCAGCAACACAGAGCUGGCUCUACACUGUCUCUACCUCUGUCAUGGAGAUACACUGGCCACAUUGGAGAGAUUGUUCUUCUCUAACCCGUCAUCAGCAGUAGACUACCAUUACGCUGGUAGUGAUGUGUGGCAGCAGACUGAGAGGUCUCUGUUCAGUGAAGCGUUGACGAUCCACGGCAAAGACUUCUCUCUCAUCCAAGAAAUGGUGCAGACUAAGUGUGUGUCCCAGUGUGUAGAAUUCUACUACCUCUCCAAGAGACUUCCUGACAAACAGAGGGAGCAGGAGCGAGGGAUGGAGGAGCAGACGAGUGUGGUGUCCCUCUCUAAACCUAUGGAAGGGGCGGUUCCAGCACCGUCGUUGGCUACCAGCUUCCCCUGUAAGCAGUGUGGAAAGAUGUUCUAUAAGAUAAAGAGUCGUAACGCCCAUAUGAAGAUCCAUCGGCAGCAGCAGGACGACUGGAGACACCCAGGCCUCGGCCUCAACCCAGCCCAGAACCUCAACCCCAACCUGGGUACCAAUCUACCCCAGCGCCAGGCUUCAGGUCAGGCCUACCUCCCAGGCCCCAUCAACAACAACAGCAACCACCGCACUAGUGGUGCUCACACCAUCAUCAACAACAACAACAUCAGUGUUCCAAACAUUCCAAACACCAAUACCAUAACCAAUAGCAACAGUGUAACUGUCAUCAACUCCACCCCUAAUCAGAGAGGACAUGCCCGCCUCCUCUCUGUCCAGCAAUCGUGGGACUUGUUUCAGUUGAACUCUGAUCCUGCGGCAGGUUUCUACUAUGACCCGGAAGUGAAAGGAGCCCUGGGGGUCACCGGGGGAGGGGUGGAAGGUCAAAUCCUCUGGCAGUAGCAUUCUGGAAUUAUAAUGAAUAGAACAUACAUGUAUAGGACUACAUUCACAUUUUUUAAAAACUUGUUUUGCACCAUCGAAAGCAUUUAAAAUAUAUAAAUAGACUGGGAA